CCAAAAGCACUUUUCCCAUAAGCUAGCUUAAUUGGAAGGAGCCAUGGCAACUCUUAGAUCAACCAUUAUUCCAAAGCUUGAAGCCAUGUUAUUGUUUGUGAUAUUAUUUUUGUUUCUUCAAGACUCAAAGGCUGCAAUCUCAUGCAAUGAUGUGACAAAGGAUUUGAUGCCAUGUGUGAGCUACCUUGUGAGUGGAAGUGGGAAGCCACCAAGUGCUUGCUGUGAUGGUGCAAAAGCACUUUCUUCAGCAGCCACAACCAGUGCUGACAAGAAGGCUGCAUGUCAAUGCAUUAAGUCAGCUGCUAGUAAUGUGAAUUACAAUGCUAAAUUGGCUCAAGAUCUUCCUAGCAAUUGUGGCAUUAGCCUACCUUUUUCCAUCUCUGCUGGCAUUGACUGUUCUAAGAUUAAUUGAUUAUGAGAAAGCAUUUGUCAGAAGGGACCAGAAAUGACAGAAUUCUACUAUAAAGUUGGAGAAAGUGUACUACAUAUUAUAUUAUGCAAUAAAAUAAAACUAGGCUGGAAUGGAAUCUAAUCCCAUGGAUUUUUGGAUUCCUUUUAUGUUU